AGACACACAUCAACAUCCGGGUCGCGGAAUUUCGGACGGAAGUCUCUGUAUGUGUCUGAAGAUGGUCUGAUGUUAUUCCCGCAGAUGUGCGGUGAUGAGCAGCAACAGUCACCCUCUGCGGCCCUUGAGCUCGGUGUCGGAGAUCGAUCAUGUGCACCUGCUGUCCGAGCAGCUGGGCUCUCUGGUGUCCGGCCACGAGUACAGCGAUGUCACGUUCAUCGUGGAGCAGAAGCGCUUUCCGGCGCACAGGGUCAUUCUCGCCGCACGAUGCCAUUAUUUCAGGGCUCUUCUGUAUGGAGGAAUGAAGGAGUCACAGUCUCAGGCCGAGGUGUGUUUGGAGGACACUCGAGCAGAAGCGUUUGGGAUGUUGCUCCAGUAUCUGUACACGGGAAGAGCCAGUCUCAGCUCGGCGCGGGAGGAGGUUCUGCUGGACUUCCUGGGUCUCGCCAACCGUUACGGCCUGCAGCUGCUGGAGGACUCCACGUCAGACUUCCUGCGAACCAUUCUGAACACGCACAACGUUUGUUUGGUGUUCGACGUGGCCAGUCUGUACUCGCUAAACUCUCUGGUCGCCGCCUGCUGCUCGUACAUGGAUCGACACGCUCCGGACGUCCUGACCUCCGAUGGCUUCUUAACGCUGUCUAAGGGGGCUCUCUUGACGGUCGUUCGGCGAGACUCGUUUGCGGCCAGCGAGCGGGAAAUCUUCCAGGCUUUGGCUCGCUGGUGUCGGCAGAAUUCUGAGGGGACGGCCAUGCAGGACGUGAUGUCAGCAGUGCGUCUGCCCCUCAUGACUCUGACGGAGAUGCUGAACGUGGUACGUCCCUCGGGUCUGGUCAGUCCGGACGAUCUCCUGGAUGCCAUCAAGACGCGCUCUGAGAGCCGUGAUAUGGACCUGAACUAUCGCGGCAUGCUCAUUCCCGAGGAGAACAUAGCCACCAUGAAGUACGGUGCUCAGGUGGUGAAAGGAGAGCUGAAGUCUGCGUUGCUGGAUGGAGACACUCAGAACUACGAUUUGGACCACGGAUUCUCAAGACACCCCAUAGAGGACGACGGGCGUGCGGGGAUUCAGGUCAAACUUGGCCAGGCUUUUAUCAUCAACCACAUCCGCAUUCUCCUGUGGGACCGAGACAGUCGGUCGUAUUCAUAUUACCUCGAGGUGUCUGUGGAUGAGCUGGAUUGGGUUCGAGUUGUGGAUCACUCAAAGUCCCUGUGCAGGUCCUGGCAGAAUCUGUACUUCUCUGCACGCGUGUGCAGGUACGUGCGAAUUGUGGGAACACACAACACAGUUAAUAAAGUCUUCCAUCUGGUGGCUUUUGAAUGCAUGUUCACUAACCGUUCCUUCACGCUGGAAAAGGGGCUUGUGGUGCCCAGUGAAAACGUGGCCAGCAUCUCAACGUGUGCCAGCGUGAUCGAGGGCGUGAGUCGCAGCAGAAACGCCCUGCUGAACGGAGACACGCGCAACUACGACUGGGAUUCAGGUUAUACGUGUCACCAGCUGGGCUCCGGGGCCAUCGUUAUUCAACUGGCUCAGCCUUACAUCAUAAGCUCUUUACGGCUGUUGCUCUGGGACUGCGAAGAACGCUCGUACAGUUACUACAUCGAGGUCUCCACCAAUCAGCAGCACUGGACGAAAGUCGUGGACCGAACGCAAGUAGCCUGUCGAUCCUGGCAGACGCUGACCUUUGACAAACAACCCGCAUCGUUCAUUCGGAUUGUUGGAACGCACAACACUGCAAAUGAGGUUUUUCACUGUGUGCACUUUGAGUGUCCCACACAGUUUGAAGCCGGAGUCGUGGAGGUCAGCCCGGGACACGCUCAACCUGCCGGCCCGCCCCCUGCUCAGCCUCCAUCAUCAUCAUCACACGUCUAACACUCGAUGUGAAAGAGAUUCGGUCCACAGAAUAGCACUUGUCUGAUUGUCGCAGGUCGUGUAAUAAUCAUGACACUUUGGGUUUCUGAAUAAGCUAAUCUUUUGUUAUGAAGAGAUUUGUAUGUUUUUGAUUUGUUAUUUAUUAUUAAGUAGUUGAUCUUGUGUAUGUCAGUUAUUCUAAUAGCAUCAUAAAACUCAUUUUAUUUAUUUAGAGACGUGUGCUUUGGUUUAGUACUUGUUUUGCAUUUAUUGUUUUCUGAAGAUCGCACUGUAGAAGUUAUAGAAGGUUGAACAAGCUGUUGAGACGCAUUCCAAUUAAAUCACCAUCCUUAAUAAAUCCGACUAAAAUGCACAUUUAAACGAGUUCAGUGUUGUGUUUUAGACUUUAAAUAUGCUGAUAUUUACACUAGAAAUAGAUUUGACUUUUAUGUAGUUUUGUUAGUUUGAUGCUAAACAUUAUUUGCUCAACAUGUGAUUCUCUAAACCAGUCUUCCAAGAUUUAGUAAGAGAGCUUCUCUGUGAUGCUUUGAUUCGGGUCGGACUGAAUUCUGAUGUGCACAUUUUUGCAAAGCUGUAAAUAGCAUUUCAUGUGCAUAUUCAUCUCUGUUUUUAUUAUCAGAACUUAUAAAUAAAGUGUUUUGCAAACUAUACUGGCUGAUGUGAGUACUGUCAUUUUGAAUAUAGCAAUUCACAAACCCUAUGGUAGUCAUGAAAAUAGCAGCUAUUUGUGUUACUAUCUAAACUGACGUCAUCCUAAAGUGAAACUGUUUUAA